UGUCAGUCGAGCCAGCCAGGUCCCUCCCACCACUGUGGAGGCAUUACAUACUGCUGGUGCUCUUAGCAACCGUGCCUCAGCAACAGAGCCACGGCAGCAGCGUGCCGUGUCUCCCCAAUGGAGCUGCCAUUGGGUGGACCAGCUCUCAGGCACUACACCCAGAGCAGACCGAGACCUCACCGGCAAAAACUGAACUACCGUCCUAGCAGACCGCAGGAGACGAUAAUUGAGAGUGAAAAUGAAGUUCUUGAGCACAUGGGGCGUGUUGAUGAAGGAGUGGAGGAGUUCUUUACAAAGAAAGUACUUCCCACAGAUACACUGAUCAAGCAGGAUGAGGAAGUCAUCACACAGCAAGAAGUGGCUCCUGCCAGCUCUGUCCCUGCUUGUCCUCCACCAUCCAAAACUCUCAGGAGGAAGCUGGGUGACUUCUUCACCCUUAAGAGGAAGCGAGGUCUGAAGUCUGAGCCCAGCCAGGAGGGUCGCCCCAAAAAAGCCUCCAUCGCCGAUUUCAUCCGACCUCUUAGGGAGGUCGCCAGGUCAGAGAAAGACAAGGAGAAAGAGCGGGUAAAGGAGCAUGACAAGGAGAAUGAAAAGGAGAAAGUAAAAGCAAAUCCCAGUGCUGUUACUGGAGAGGAGGCUGUUCAGGAGACGCCGGUUACCGGUGAUGCGCCAAUGAGGGGCGAGGCAGCGCCUCCCCGACGAGCUCUCAGAGAGGGGAAAUCCCAGUCUCUCAUUCUGCUGUCUGGAUCAGCAGCAGCAGGAGCUACCAAUGCUAGAAACACUGCAAAGAAACAAUUUGAAGGUCAGCACAGCUUUGAGCAGAAACUCCAUCUGAUGCUUCAGCGUAUUGGAGUUUCCAAACCUCCACCAGGUGAAACACAGACUCAAGAAGGAGAGAUGAAAAAGGCAGAAUCUGAAGGUACCAUCAUUGAUAAUAAGCCUGAACCACCUUCUACUUUCUCAAAACCUCGGACAAUGUCUGCAUCUUCAGACACACGGCAUCAAAUCCGGGUAAGUGUGUCGGCCCACGAAGCAGCUGGGAAACCUGCUUUGCUUCCAAAACCAGCUGUCAAACCAGCUCUGCCCCUCGCAACGUCUGGUCGCAAUACGCCCGAGAACGAGCUUGCACAGAUUCAAGAAGCAGAGAUGAACACGCCUACUAAGCCCAGUAUGACCGCAGCUCCUUCUACUCCUGCUACUCCUGACCUGUCUGCUACCACCUCCCCCUCCUCCGUACCGACAAUCUCUGAUCCAGCCCCUGACGCAGCCAGUGUCGCAGUUUCCUCCUCAACUACUGACACAGAAAUAUGCACUGACUCAGUGAAACCCGCUGCAGCAACAACCACAUCAUCCACCAGCAGUACAGUCAGUGACGGAGUAACCUCCGUCCCCAAAUCUAGUGCUCCUGACCCUGAGACACCUAUCCCCACAAAUACUAGCAUCUUCACACCAACAGAGCUCCCAGGCACCGUCUCAGUUAUACCUAACUCCUCAGAGUCUGUUACCCCAACUCUUUUCAUCCCUUCCACAUCAGAAACAGUAACUACUUCCUCCAUUCCCACCCUGGAAACUGGCCCAGCUGCCUUACAGCAGAGCUCAGUUACCAAAACAUCCACAGAUGUGCCAACUGAGGCAGCUUCCCUCGAGCCAAAUGUUGCUCUCUCAGCUGCUGGAGGUGACAUUUCUGUAACCACCGCAACUCCUCCUUCCCACACCACCACCUCAAAUUCAGGCCUACAUACUCCUUCUAGUACCUCAGCAACUGCAUGUCAUUCUCCUAAUCUCGGUACAGUUACUGCUGCCCCUAUUACCACGACAUCCCCUGUCACCUCUGUUUCUCUCCCUCCCACUGCUGAUGAUACCCUCAGUCCAACAUCCAGCGACCACAUGGAUUCUGCCUCUUCUCCUGCUAAAGUUCAGUCAGCAGCUCACGUCUGUGCUCCCUCCACUUCUUCCAGCGACACAAACCCUACAGACACCGCCUCCACUGCUACCAGCUCAACACGCGCAGACACCACUUCCACCAGCAGCUCGGCAGGCACUGCAGCAAUUAGCUCCCCUCACAUAACUGGGUCAGAUCCUGUCUCCAUGAUUCCCACUGAUGAAGAGACUGAUGCCCCUCCGCACCGCUUGAGCAGUCCAGCACCCCCCGAUGGUAUUCCACAGCAGGACAAAGAUUUAAAGACGCCGCUUGAAGAAGGGAAGGAAAGAGAAAAACCAGGAAAAUCCACAAAAACAGACACUGCAGUAGAUGAGCCUUCUGAGACGGUCAAACAGACCAAAUCACCUGAGCUGAAUGUGAAGAAAGAAGUUGUUCAGAGUGAGAAGAAGAGUGAAAGUGACAGUGACAAACCAGUGGUUGACAACGGUGAUGUAACAAGAAAAGAAGUGCAGAAAGAAAGUGUGAAAGCUGAAGAGGAUGCUCUGCCUGAGCUGGUUACAGAGGCUGAGAAGAGCAGAGACAACGCUGUCAGUGAGGCUCAAGAGGAAACUACGUCAGCAGAUGAUAAGUGAAAAAUGGUAGAUUUGGUGAAAACGGGACCGACAACUGUGACGAACAGGAGAGUCCACAGUAAAGGGUAUGAGGGAUAAAGGAGGAUUGGGGAGAGUGAGGAUCAAUGGCACUUCCAACAGGGACCACCACAUUACUGCAGCACACCACUAAGUGGGCCACUGGACCAAAGAACUAAGAUCCUCUUGGUGUGAUGUUAUCAACAAAUCCAGCAGUGUCUUUGUCCUUUUUUUAACUUAUGUUGAAAUUUUGCAUCGCACGUAUGAUUAUGUACUAUAAGAAAACUAUUGUGGUAAAAUACAUGAUGUUUACAAAAGAUGGAAAAGAGACAUAGCUAUGAUUAUUAAAUGGAUU